AUAGAAAAGUCUCUCUUGGAAUUAACACUCUAUCUACCGGUACUUCAUUUUGGUCAUCGUGUAUAUAGGUAUCCUUGUAUUACUUUUGUCAAAAAUAUAUUACACAUAUGACAUACAAAUUUCUUAACUUUAUUGGCUAUCUUAAAAAUUUGUGAAAAUUUGGUGAAAAACCAAAAUUUGGUUUCUCACGAUAUUAAAUGUCGACGGUUCUAUUCCUCUGUCUUAGAAUUACAACUUUUCAGAAGAGAGCCUUUUAUAUCUGGCAAGUUUUUAUGAUGCCAGUGGAUUUAUAUCUUUUUCGAAAAAAAUGAAUAUCUUAUCACCCGGAUAUCGCGUGAUUACUAAGUUUUCAGUAGUUCUCAAGUGGGAGAUAAUAGGGUCGGAAGUGGUGUACAGGUGAAAAUGAAGUGCUUGGAAGUCUUUGAAAGUGGGAGUACUCGUAUAUAAAGAUUUUUCUGUCAAAUUCCAUAUUUUUCCGACUACGAUAAUUUUAGUUAAGGCUUUUAAUUCGGGCGACAAAGUGAAAAGGUUAACAUUUUUAAGUUCGAUUAUUACAGUAAAUGGAGCAAAUACGCUUAAACUUAUUAUAGCUUAAUUUGUGUCGUAAAUUUUCCGAGGAAAUUAUUCAGUUAAACAAUAAUUUUCCUUAAUUUUUCCAGGAAUUACAAAUUCAUGUAGUGGCUCGCAAAUAAUGACAUAGAUAUUGCAGUUGACUUUCAAUCAAUUUUAUAUAAUUUUUUUCUAAUUUAUAGUAUUCGUGGGACUUUUUCGCGAAUGUCGCUAAAGGGUAUCCCAGAGGUUACCUCCACCAUUUUUUUUGUUUACCUUUCUGCAUAUACUGGAAAGAUUUUAGUGUAUUACAUCUCUUCAACGUCAAAAGUAUUCGACAAAAAAGUAGAUUUGUCUUUAGUAGAUUUGAGGACUAUUACAAAGAGGAACGAAAAGGUGCAUUUGUAAUAUUUAAUGCUAGACUAAUUUUGGAAAGGUCUAAGUGAUGAACUUCCAUUAAAGAAAUAUUUUGCGAUAUUUUAUAUAGAUCGCGUCCUUGCUAUGAGGAUGAUUAAAAAGUGGCUUUGAAAAUUUAGAAAUAAGGAUUAAUCCUUCGAAAUAUCAAUUCCAUUUUAAACGGUCUCUAAUAUUGAUGCCAAUAUUGUGAGUAUCUUAGUGGAAGAAAAUCUGUGAAUAACAAUUGAAAAGAUUGUUAAAAUGUUGGAAAACAAUAAUUAAAUCGUAUUUCGCUAUUUUGAAAAUCUUGAAUGUGUUUGAAAGUUCAAUACAUGGGUGCCACAUUCUUUCACUGAAAGCUAUAAGGAGGACUUUAUGAAUGUUGGCCAUUUUUCUCCUGAUUUGUUGCAUUAAAAAAUCUUUUCUGGAUUGAUUGGCGAUCAGGUAAUGAGGAAUUAAUUUAAUACAACAAUAGCGAAAAAGAUUCUGGAAAAAAUAGCCAAGCUUGUUUUAAAAAUUGAUUAGCAAACAUCAAAAACUUUUCCAAAGAGUGGAAAAUGUAUUAAUUUUAAAGGAUUUCAACCCUUUAGGGACGAUUGGAACACCGGUGUCCCAUAAAGAAAAUAAUUUUUCCUGACUACCUAAAGUUAUUUUUUUCUUAUGUCUGUACAUAAUUGCAAAGUAGAAGGUUGAAGGAAUCCAGAAUAUUUUUUGUAAUUCUUCGGUUAUUUGCUAUGUAGUAAAUAUUUAAGCUCAAAAAUGGCGAAUUUUUAAAUUCUCAAAUUCAUAAUUGAUUUUAUUUAUUUUUUUAAGCAAAAUCCUUUUGGCAAUAAAAACUACAAUAUUCAUACGUAAUAUUUUUCAUUAAAGCGAAAAAUAUUAUUCAUUUCAUAUCAUUCACUCAGACUCUGUUGGACUUUCCAAGGCUAGAUGUAAGACUUAUCAUUGAUUAUGUUUCCUAGUUUAAUUUUUAUUGUUGAUUUUCAAUCCAUAAAAAGUGUCUCGUCGUUAAAGGGUUAAAACCAGGGAGAGAAUCAAGCUUAAUAAAAUGUGAAGAUAUACAUCUGAAGUGCUGAAUUAGUUGUUACACUCAUACUUUUGGACUCUAAUUCCCUCGACACACUCACGACUUAAGCCGAGAAACGGCUUAAUGGAAAAUGAUAGAAAUGCGGUUUAACCAUUAUUUCGGAUAUAAUUACGCUAAGUCGUCUCUCGGCUAAUCCUCAAGUCUGUCGAGGCCCUAACAGACUUUCCAGACCAGUAUCAAUUUACAAAUGACAAUACAUUUUUUUUUAGAUAUUCAAUUUUCCAAAAGUAGCUCCGCUGAUCUCUUAGGACAAUUCAAAGUAUGUUGAUACCGAUACCCCUUCGUAAAACGCAGAUAAUAUUAAAAUAUUGAAAGUAUGCAAAAAUAUCUGGCGGUAGAAAUUCAAAAUAUAAGCAAAAAGUUUAAAAAUAUAUGUAAUAAUAAAUUUCUUGAGAUUUUUAAAGACCUUUUUUAAUUAUAUUUUUCAUCAGAUUAAGUAAAUUAUUGACUUCUAAGUAUGAGAAGUGUAUGAAGUGUAGGAAGUAGUGGAAGUAUUGCAACAUUUUUUAGAGUAUUGCGAAGUUUUGGAAGUGCGAAGGCCUCUUCCAUACAAAUUGUGGAAGUGCUUGGAAGUGGUGUACACAUUUUCAUCCAAAUAUCUCCCUCUUGGUAGUUCUAGAUCUCGAUCGCAGAAAUAACAUAACUCUCGAAGUAAUGUAAUUCUAAGUCGAUAUAGAAUUGUCUGUUAUACAUAAAUUCAACAAAGUGUUAAAAAAUCUCUUAAAGAAAAAUACAAGUUUCUUUCUCUACUUGACACUUUUUAUAAAUCAAUUGCAGUGAUUUGAAGUAAUUGUGAAAGUAUAUAAUAGCAUUUCAUUCAUUUACACGCAUUUUUAUUAAACAUGCAUAUAAUUCAAGGCAUGUAGUAUAGCUGAAUGGGUAAUGCAUGAGAGACAUGAAAAAAUAGUUAUAAAAUGAGCAAAAUAAAAUGAUAUUACAUAUUGACUAUUAAAUAAAAAAACAUAAGGUGGAAUCUUUUAAAUUUAAUCCUCAAACACCUGUCAUAAAGUGUAACACAUGUUACGUCUAAACAGAAAAAUUUUCUAAUUACUUUUCUAUAGUUGAAUUUGUAGUGGAGAUUUCAUAAUAUAACUUUGAUUUAAAGUUGCGUUGAUUUUAAGAUGUUUUAAUCUCUAAUUCUAAUUGAUAAAUUUAAUACGUAGUCGAAUUUUAUUUGAAAAACGAGCUGUUAUAUAUAUAUAUAUAUAUAUAUAUAUAUAUAUAUAUAUAACUAUAAGACAAAUUGUUGCUAAAAUUUUUUUAAAAUGAUAUAUUUUAGUGUACAGUUUUUUUUUUUUAUAAUUUGAGUAAGUUAAGUAAGGUUAUUAAUAUAGUCUCACAUGUUUUAUUAUGAAAAAAGUAAAUGAAAUUUUGAAGUUGAAGACAGGAUAUUGAACAUACUUAUGUUGGUAUUAAAAAAUGUGAGGGUGUUGUACACUUUGCUAAACCUUUGAACUCACAGUAUUUAAUCAUUGACCCGCUUUGCACUUAAAUUUUAACCAUGAUCCUGUAAUAUGCACAAGACCUCAAAGCAGAAUUCCUGAAGAGAGUUAUAUAUAUAUAUAUAUAUAUAUAUAUAUAUAUAUAUCGCUAUACUAUUUAUAGUCAGGGAUGAGACAGAGAAAAGAAGGACGCCUAAAAACUAUGUAGAGGGUGUAGAGCAAUUCGAUGGUUCUGCGCAUAUCUUUACUGGUGGGAUAUGAGAAAAUAUAUAUAUUGAAGGGUGGGAUACGUUGACAGACUUUCAUAUAGUAGUAGUAGCAAAUCUAAUUGCAAACUGUGUGGCUGGGUUUUUCCCUCAUGAAAUCCACCAUGACGCAUUUUCUGUAGACCUUAUCGAACACUUUCAUUGCAUUUUGUCAGUUCCAUCAGUGUGCAUAAUAGAGUGGUUGGUAAACAUAACAAAAAAAAUGCAGGUGAAAUUAUAAAGAUGCACCAGGAAGUAUCUCUCAGGAUGUUGAUUUCUUGUGAAGUGGAUAAUUCAAUGAAAAGGAUGCUCUUUUUGUGCACGAGCUAGUUAAAAGAUUGUUCUUGUUGUCAGACAAUCAGUUUUUAUCAUAAAGGACUAAUACUCUCAAUAAUUAUUAAAUAAAUCAGAUCGAUAACCCAACUUAUAAUUUAUUCUAAAAGUACUGCUCAAAAUAUUGUGUAUUUUUUAAUAGUUGUUUUAUUUUAAUAUUUCUAUUUUCGGGUGUGACACAAGUGUUUUAAUAAGAAAUGUUUAAUUUAACUUUGAGACGAAUAUUUUUGAUCAGAUGAUUCCAAGGAGGAACGUACAACCCCUCCCAAAGAAGUAUAAUCGUAUUGAGAAUCCCAAGGGUGUCUCUUGUGAUUGGGAUUCUCCUAGCUCAUCCACCGGCACAAUCAAGCGAAGACCUUUAGCAUUAAGUGUCUCACGAAGGCAUACAACCCGCCAAGAUGUUCAAACACUGGAUUCUCGUCAGAGCAAUUCAUAUACCCCGGAAAUUGAGGGACGAAAUUGCUUCAAUGACGGGGCUUCGCGGAACAGUAAACUGGAAAGUAAUCAUGUGCCUGAGAAGUGCAUCAAAUCAAAUUUGAAAUUUCCCCGAGUGACAUGGAAACAAGAGGAAAAAAUCAAUACACGACCCCCAAAAAACAGUGUAUCAUCGCCAGUUGGGCCACCUUCGAAAGUAACUCUGUACAAAUCUCAGAAGACGCCAAUAAAGGAUGGUAGGUCAUCAGAACAUCGUAUAACCACCUUUACAUUUCGGGAAUUAUUUCGAGAUUUUCCGUCUACACCAAAUAUCCCACCACCCUAUCGCCACCCUCCCCCAGCAGCGGUGGCUAAACAAACAAAAAGAGAGCUAAUUGAGUUACAACAAGGCGGUAAGCCCCCACUCAAGAGGUACUCAUCGAGAAUUCAGAAUGAGUACAUAAUGUUGGGACCCCGUGGUAGAGUUUCUAAUUCACCACUUUCAAGCAAUGUCGAAAGGACAACGGGGAUUUCACAUCAGUGUAAAAGGCCGCCCAAUUCGAGAACCAUAUUAAAAAACCUUCCAGUGCGCCCUAGGAAGGGAACAGUGAAGCAUAUGGAAAAUUAUUAUCUGUUUGACCCGAGCGUAGAUUUUAUUAAUGAAAAACAACAAACGGCGAGCACUGCAAAGAGCGAGAGCAUACAGUCCGAAGGGAGAUACAAAUGCAAUGGAGAAGUGAUUUAUGACCAAGAAAGUCACACUAUAGAGUCAGAAAAGAGUGACAACGAAGUCAAUCUGUCUCUCCCAAAAUCAAUAUCAGGCUCUCUUGAUUCCGGGGACGGCACAGUCAGUCAAAUUGAUAAGCCACCACCAAUGCUGGCGCCACUCUCUUUUACAAAUCAUUUCAUAGCUACAAAAAGUUUUUAUACUCGGCCAUUCUCUUACUACAGUGAUGGGGACAGUGGGUUUUUAAGUCCACUGACUCCAGAAGAGCCACGUUUUGAUGCGCCUAUUAGCCUCUUAGAUCAUUGCGAUAAUAUUCAGGGAUACAUUGAGAUAUAUACGGAUUGGGCCAACUAUUAUCUGGAGAGGGCUAAGUCCAAAAGAAAAGUUGUAGAUCUUUCCGCUGAUUGCCGUGAUGGUCUCCUUCUGGCUGAAGUUAUUGAGGCUGUUACAUCUUUCAAAGUACCUGAUAUAAUUAAGAAGCCUAAGACACAGCAACAAAUGGUGAGUUUAAUUAAAUAAAUUUUUUUCUUAUCAGACAGUAUUAGAAC